GAGCAGGGCCCAUAGGGUCGGGGCGUGGGAGGGGGAGGCCGCGGUGGGCUCCCCGGGCCUCCGUGCGGGCUUCAGCGAGGGCGGGAAGCCGGCGCCGGCCUUUCGGGGAUGCGAGGAGAGGCAGCCCCUCCAAGGGAGAAGAGGAAGCCAGGCAGUGUGUGGGAAACCACGCUACCCACAAGCUCCUACACCUGAAACGCCCCAGGACAUUCUCCAGACCGCCAAGUGUACCCCUCUUCUCAUCCGCCCUCCAGAGGACGCUGGAUUUUAGGUCUUAAGCCUGGUGGUCUCGUCAGAUACCCCUCUUGUUUGGUUCUUUCCCUUUCACUGUCCUACUGAUAGCAGAGUGUUAGGAACCUGUUUGGUAAGUGGGGAAACUUGCCGAAGGUCAUAGACCCUGGGGGAGCCAGGGCAAGAAACCAAGACUCUCACGGACUACUACUAAGCUUUUUCCAAAGGAUAUAAUAGCCUUUCUAAUAGGAAUAUCACUGUUUUUAAUUAUAAAGCCACUUUUACAAAAUCUUAGGAAAACUACUUCCUCAGACCUGUGAUCUAGGGAGAAAAAUGUGACAAUUUCCCCCUUACUAAUCACGGAGGUCCCUGAUAGGCGGCGGAGUUGUAACUUGAAGACGUCACAGCAGGUGGAAAGGCAGAGCUGUGAAUUCUACCCUAAUUUCCAGAAUCCCCAGCGACAGAGUCCAACUCCAGGCAGCAGGCGUCAUGUACUCCAGGGACUUUUAAUGUGUGCAGUUGUUGAGCAAGAAUACCUUGAACUUCCAAAUGAUGUGCUGGCAUGCUGGUAGGGAAUUCCUUUGUAGCUUGUGUUCCAAGUUGGAAGUGAGUCCUCCAAAUAAAAAUUUAAAUGCCUCUCUUGGUCAUCACAGCAUGUAGCAGAACGUGCAGCUGUCAAGAAGAACCAGGUGCUUAGGUUAACAAAACAAAUUAUGGUAGCAUCAUAUUAUUAUUUCAUUAAAUCAGAAGGCCAGCAUUUUGAUAGGACAUUAGAGGGAAACAAGGAGUAUACAUUGAACCACUGCGUUUCUUAAAAGUGUAAGAAUUCAGUAAUUAGGAUCCUGAAGUAAGAAAAAAUAUUUUUUAAAAAAAUAGAUCAUGUGGGCCAGGUGUAGUGGCUCAUGCCUACAAUCUCAGCAUUUUGGGAGGCCAAGGCAGGAGGAUCACUUCAGGCCAAGAGUUGGAGACCAGCCUGGGCAGGAUAAUGAGACCCGAUCUCUACAAAAAAAAAAAAAUUUUUAAUAAUUUUUAAAAAUGAGCUAGGCUUGGUGGUACUUACCUGUAGUCCUAGCUAUUUGGGAGGCUGAAGUGGGAGGAUCCGUUGAGUCCUGGAGUUCAAAGCCACAGCAAGCUAUGAUUGAGCCACUGUACUCCAGCCUGGGCAACAGAGCAAAACCUUGACUCAGAAAACUUUAAAAAAUAAUAAUAAUAAAAGAUAAUUUAGAGCACAUACAAGAGGAUUCCUAGGAUCUGGAAGAGUAAUUCAGUCUAGUCAAACUCUCUUCCUUUCUGUUCAAUUUUAUAAGCAUUCUGACCAGGUCUUUAGUGAUCAGGAACUAGACAACUGUUUAAUGUAAGAGCAUACACUUUGGAUCCAGAAAGUCUUGGAUUUGAACCUUUGUUCCACCUUGAUUCCUUAUUUUCUGUGGGUUUUUGGGCAAGUUACUUAACCUAGUUGGAGUGCCUCGGGCUUGGUUUUGGAGUCCAGAGUAGGUCUUUCUUUUCCAAGAAUUGACAAGUGUUUACACUUGGUCAGAACUGGUAUUCUUGUAUCUUCAAGAGCAAGAGAAAGGUGAGUCUGGGUCUGGAGCCUCCUAAGAAUUGUUCAGUGAUAACAUAUGGACUCUCUUGUUAAGUCUUUGUAACUACAGAGAACUGGAGAGCUGCUUGGUUCCAACCAAUCGUGAAGGCUGAAAUGUUUUUUUAGAUUCUGAAUUCCUCUGGGGCUUGGAGGGAAGAAAGUAGUAGGUGGUUAGGUGGGGAACCAAAAUGGAAGAUCCCAAUCACAUGCCAAGACCAAAGUGUAAACAGGAGUGACUGUUAACUUGGGAUUGGCAGGAAGAGAUAUAUGUUUAUGUGUUCUCUGCCUUCCCACCUCCUGCUUCCUCCUAGACUCAUUUGUGUGUGGUCCUGGUACCUCUGGGCCCAUUUUGCUGUGACAUUAUAGUAACUAACAUUAUGUCAAGCAAUCUAACUUUCUUACAUUCACUUAUGCCUCCACAACUGUUGACUUUUUCCUUCUCACAUAUCAAUUAUUCUGCCCUUUCCUGUUUGUUUCUGUUUGUUUGUUUUUAUCCCUCAGGUGCUCAGGAACAGUCCAUGGAAGAAUCAUAUGAAGAGGUGGUGACUGAGGUCGUAAGCAGGAGUGGACAUGUUUGGAUUUCCAACAGCUACCCUGCUGGACUGUCAUGGAAGAUAUGCCCAGAAUGUAGCGUUCUUCAAUGUGAUGACUGAAGCCCACCACAAGUAUGACCACUCUGAGGCUACAGGAUCCUCAAGCUGGGAUAUCCAAAAUUCUUUCAGAAGAGAGAAGCUGGAACAAAAAUCCCCAGAUUCGAAGACCCUACAGGAAGAUUCACCUGGAGUGAGACAAAGGGUCUAUGAGUGCCAGGAGUGUGGAAAAUCCUUCCGGCAAAAAGGUAGUCUAACGUUACAUGAGAGAAUCCACACUGGUCAAAAGCCUUUUGAGUGCACCCACUGUGGAAAAAGCUUCAGGGCCAAAGGCAAUCUUGUUACACAUCAGCGGAUACACACGGGAGAGAAGCCUUAUCAGUGCAAGGAGUGUGGGAAAAGCUUCAGUCAACGAGGUAGUCUCGCUGUCCACGAGAGACUCCACACUGGACAGAAACCCUACGAGUGUGCUAUUUGUCAGAGAAGCUUCAGGAAUCAGAGUAACCUUGCUGUUCACAGGAGAGUUCACAGUGGUGAGAAGCCCUAUAGAUGUGAUCAGUGUGGAAAAGCCUUCAGUCAGAAAGGAAGCUUAAUUGUUCACAUCAGAGUCCACACGGGCCUGAAGCCCUAUGCCUGUACCCAGUGCAGGAAGAGUUUCCACACCAGGGGGAAUUGUAUUCUGCAUGGCAAAAUCCACACAGGAGAGACACCCUAUCUGUGUGGCCAGUGUGGAAAAAGCUUCACCCAGAGAGGGAGCCUGGCUGUGCACCAGCGAAGCUGCUCACAGAGGCUCACCCUUUGACCACUCUCUUGAACAGAAGUUCUCUUUAUGAAUUAAGAGUACAAAAUUCUCUGAGAUGAAGCAACCUAUCCAGUUCUAUGGAAUGAAUGGAGAAUCUUUCAGAAAGACCAUCAUCGGGUAGGGCAAACUGACUUUUCUCCUUUCCCCCGAAAGAGUAUGAGAAAUAAAUGUCUUCUUUAUUAUCAUUAU